UCUGCAUUGGAACAUUUCCGCAAGAUGAACUUCCGAGUCGUCCUCCUGGUGGCGCUGGCGGCGGGCGUGUGCUCGGCGCAGGAACAGUCCCUCCUCGACCCCCUCCUCGAGCUCGUCACUGCUGAGGAAGUCGAGCUGUUCAUGAGAGCCUCGAGCAUCAACCUUGAUACCUGCAUCGGGAUUCUGAAGAACGGCGCCAAGUGUAGGAUGGGAGCCAAGCUUUUCCUGAAACUGGCUAACAGUCUCUCUGACACCGGGUUCCAGUGCAACACGUGCAGCCCAGAGCACCAGUCUCUUAUCGACAGAACCUUGGCUAAGGUCAGAGCCAGCCCUGACUGUCCAGCGUUAGCCACGGCCAUUGCUCAUGCUAAUUUAUGCUAA